UGGCGUACUUUCGUUAGAAAGUAAUAAUCGUCUGGGGUUUCCUUUGACCUUUAGUCAUUAAAAAUUGACAUACUAAAAAUGUUGGGUGGGCCUCAGUGUAGACUAUUGAGUUAAACAGAUUUCUACAAACUCUGGGUGUGAUUGAAGCGUUAUGCUUUAAUUACUUAAUUUGUAAACUGGUUUGAGUAUGCUAAAAGUAUGUGUUUUUCCCAUUGUGUUCUACGCAACUGUAUUGAGUGUUAAUACAAUGGAUAUUUCAUUUUCUUACAUUAUAAUUUUAGAAGUAUUUUAUCUUUAAUUAUAGUCAUUUGUAACCCUUAUGCACCAGCACAACUUUUCCCCUGUUCUUGUCUAGUAGGAAAUGUACUGUAAAUAGUAAUUGCCUCUAUUUGUGGAGUCUAGCAUUUAAAAGAAAAUCAGUCUCUAACAUUUGGUUUUACUUCUUUCAUUGUUUAAACCAGGGCACACUUCUAGUAACGUAGCCAAUAUAUAGGAGUUUGAUUCUUGAAGACUUCUUAAUUUGACUUAUUUUGGGUUACUGGGAGUCUUGUGUUGGAAAUUAGUUUUAUUUGAAAUUCUUGUAAGCUUAAAGAUGCAAUAUUUGAUGUUGGGAUGUCUGGUUAUCUCAUGGCUGUGCGCUAUCGUCUCCUGUUGUACAUAUGCCAUCUACUUGAAAACAUUUCUUGUUUUCUAAAAGAAAGCAUUUUAAGGGAAAAAUAACACCAGGUACUGCAGAGUCCUAAAAUGCCUCUUCAGGGAAUGUUAAUCUGUAUUGUGGUGCAUUUAGUGUUAUUUUGUUGGUACGUUUUGUAGCUGGAAAUCUUAGUGAUUGACUUACUAAUUGACAAUUAAUUGCAAUACUUAGAUGCCUUACAGUUUUGGUUAAUGGACAAAAUACAAUAACUUUAUUAAGUGUUAACCCUAAAUUUAGAAACUUGGUGGGCUUGGUUAAAUGGUAACUUUUUUCUAUUAGCUAAAAAUUUUUUUUUUUGUAAAAGAAGUACCUGGGCCCAAAUGUUACUGGUAAUAUAAAAAAGAUACACGCGCUUCUUGUUAGCAUUUCAUAAAAUAAAAUCGAUCCUUUGAUAAAUGUAUUUUUUAAGAGUAGAAAUGCAGCAACCAUUAAUAUUUAAAAUAUUUGAGUCGGGUAGGUGUUGUCUCCUCAUAUAAGUCUACACUGACAGUAAUUUUUCAACUAAAACUUGUGGCAUGUAAUAUUCGAAAGCAUUGAAAUUUUUACUCUUUUUACUCUUUCCACAUACUCUUUCCACCUGAAGUUACAAAAAUUGUUACUUUUAAUUAUUACAUACUGUUUUUCUUAAAGUGGAGUAAGAAUUGUUUUCCAAGUAAAGUCAAAUGAAUGAAGGCUCCCCUUUUAGAAUAGCACGUUUGAGGAAAAACCCUGGAGGGUGACUGAGUAGGCCUGUAUUCUAAGAAAUGGCAUCUCUGUGUAUGAAACCAUAAUUUGUGAUGGAAUUAGUGCAAAAAUGAUUCAUAUAACAUUAUAUUUACCUAUUCUAAAGGAUUUUGAGGUUUCUGAUUUUGAAUAUGUAAUUAAUUUGUCUUAGAAGAUUGUCUUUUAUUAAAUCCAGAGUUAACUAGCUGCAUAUAAUUUCUUUUUUAUUCUUUCUCUACCAGAGAAUGAAGAUGAGCUGUUGGAAGUACAAGUAGUACUAGUGGUAGCAGUGGAAGCUCAACUAAAAAUAUCUGGGUUAGUGGACUUUCUUCUAAUACCAAAGCUGCUGACUUGAAGAAUCUCUUUGGCAAAUAUGGAAAGGUUCUGAGUGCAAAGGUAGUUACAAAUGCUCGAAGUCCUGGGGCAAAGUGCUAUGGCAUUGUAACCAUGUCUUCAAGCACAGAGGUGUCUAGAUGUAUUGCCCAUCUUCAUCGCACUGAGCUGCAUGGACAGCUGAUUUCUGUGGAAAAAGUUAAAGGUGAUCCUUCUAAGAAAGAACUGAAGAAAGAAAAUGAUGAAAAGAGUAGUUCAAGAAGUUCUGGAGACAAAAAAAAUAUGAGUGAUAGAAGUAGCAAGACACAAGCCUCUGUCAAAAAAGAAGAGAAAAGGUCGUCUGAGAAGUGUGAAAAAAAGGAAGGCAAGGAGACUAAGAAAAUAGAAGGUAAAGACGAGAAGAAUGAUAAUGGAUCAAGUGGCCAAACUUCAGACUCGAUUAAAAAAAGUGAAGAAAAGAAGCGAAUAAGUUCCAAGAGUCCAGGACAUAUGGUAAUACUAGACCAAACUAAAGGAGAUCAUUGUAGGCCAUCAAGAAGAGGAAGAUACGAGAAAAUUCAUGGGAGAAGCAAGGAAAAGGAGAGAGCUAGCCUAGAUAAAAAAAGGGACAAAGACUAUAGAAGGAAAGACAUCUUGCCUUUUGAAAAGAUGAAGGAACAAAGACUAAGAGAGCAUUUAGUUCGCUUUGAAAGAUUGCGACGAGCAAUGGAACUUCGAAGACGAAGAGAGAUUGCAGAAAGAGAGCGUCGAGAGCGAGAACGCAUUAGAAUAAUUCGUGAACGGGAAGAACGGGAACGCUUACAGAGAGAGAGAGAGCGCCUAGAAAUUGAAAGGCAAAAACUAGAGAGAGAGAGAAUGGAACGCGAACGCUUGGAAAGGGAACGCAUUCGUAUUGAACAGGAACGCCGUAAGGAAGCCGAACGUAUUGCUCGAGAACGAGAGGAGCUGAGAAGGCAACAGCAGCAGCUUCGUUACGAACAAGAGAAAAGGAAUUCUUUGAAACGCCCACGUGAUGUAGAUCAUAGGCGAGAUGAUCCUUACUGGAGCGAGAAUAAAAAGUUGUCUCUAGAUACAGAUGCACGAUUCAGCCAUGGAUCUGACUAUUCUCGCCAGCAAAACAGAUUUAAUGACUUUGAUCACCGAGAGAGGGGCAGGUUUCCUGAGAGUUCAACAGUACAGUCUUCGUCUUUUGAAAGGCGAGAACGCUUUGUUGGUCAAAGUGAAGGGAAAAAAACACGUCCUGCUGCACGAAGAGAAGAUCCGGGUUUUGAAAGGUAUCCCAAAAAUUUCAGUGAUUCCAGAAGAAAUGAACCUCCACCACCAAGAAAUGAACUUAGAGAAACGGACAGGCGAGAAGUCCGGGGAGAACGAGACGAGAGGAGAACCGUGAUCAUCCAUGACAGGCCUGAUAUCACUCACCCUAGACAUCCUCGAGAAGCGGGGCCCAAUCCAUCCAGACCAACCACCUGGAAAAGUGACAGCAGCAUGUCCUCCGACAAACGGGAAACAAGAGUUGAAAGGCCGGAACGAUCUGGGAGGGAAGUAUCAGGACACAGCGUGAGAGGGGCUCCCCCUGGCAGUCGCAGUAAUGCUUCGGGCUACGGGAACAGAGAGGGAGACAGAGGUGUGAUCACGGACCGAGGAAGUGGAACACAGCACUACCCUGAGGAACGACAUGUGGUUGAACGCCACGGACGGGACACAAGUGGACCAAGGAAAGAGUGGCAUGGUCCACCUUCUCAAGGGCCCGGCUAUCAUGAUGCAAGGCGGAUGGGUGAUGGCCGGACAGCAGCAGGGAUGAUAACCCAACACGCGAGUAAUGCAUCCCCAAUUAAUAGAAUUGUACAAAUCAGUGGCAAUUCCAUGCCAAGAGGAAGUGGCUCCGGAUUUAAGCCAUUUAAGGGUGGACCUCCACGACGAUUCUGAAAAUUAGCUCUCUGCCAUGGUUUCAAGAUAAUUUAUUGAAAUCUCCUGUAAACUUUACUUGACUACUUAUGAAGAGGACCUCUGACUUGCUUGAGAGUUCUGUCAGACUUUUCUUUUUUUCUCUUUUUUUAAAAUUUAACAUGAUUGCUUUUCUCAAUUUUGGAGAAGAUGUUUAAAUAGUUCCGUUGUAACUUUUACUAGUUUUGUGUAUCAUUCAACUUUUUUUCUUGCAGCACCGAGACACAUUUGAAAAGAUGGAAUCAAAACCAUUUUGUUUAACGCUGUGUGAAUAUAAAGAGUAGUUUGCAGCUGUGUGGUAGUAGUUUCAUUUGCAGCAUUAGCUCUGUGGUGUCAGGCUCUGGAGUUUCUUGUCACCAAGCGUUUUCAGCCUCCAUUUUGUAGGCUGUCUAAGCUUAAAAAAAGUCUGCUGUCUAAUUUUUAGAGAAUAAGAUUGUUCCUUGCAUUUCUGAGUAUUAUGUAACCUAUUUUUGCAGAAGGUACUGUUACAUUAAGUGCAUCUGUGUAUCCUGGUCUAAAAAAAAUGUACUCUUUUUUGAAAUAAACCUUCAUAUUCUGUAUAGUUGCUAAAGCGUUGAGAACCUUUUUAAUUGUAAAAUGAGAGCCGAUUUUCAGGUUAGUGUAGUAGCGCACUUGUUCGGGUUUGCAUGGUAUGAAACCAAAUAGAUUAAUGAAACCUUGGUCACGAGGUUUGUAUCACUGAGGUUUUUAGACUGAGUUGUGCAGGUAAGUGCACUUUUAUUAGGUUAAUCUACACUGUUCGGUGGAUAAAUUCCAUCUCUGGGAAUUGUGUGGGUACAAAUGUUUCCAUGUUCCCAACUAUGUUGAGAACUGGAAAAAACCCAGGUUCUAGCUUGGUGAAUCAGUUGGGUUUUGUAAAUACUUGUAUGUGGGAAGGCAUUGUUGUCUCUUUGUGAAAAUAAAAAUCCACGCCUGGAAG